CGCCUCCGGCCAUGGCGAACCCUCGCGGCGGCGGCGGAGGAGGAGCGCGCCACCACCUCCCACUCCGGCCGCGGCGGCUGCUCCGGUCGCCGAUCUCGCGCUGCGCGGUCCUCCUCGCCGCCUCCGCCGCGCUCCUCCUCGUCCUCUCCCUCCGCCAGGUCCACCGCGUCGGCCUCCCACCCCGCGACCACCCGCCCGCCCAGGAACCAAAUGAGCAGCUGUGGGGUUCUGAUGGUUACGGUUCUCAUGCUUGUGUCACACCAACAUCUAGAUAUAUGGCUCCAAAAGGGUCAGAGCGCUACAUGACAGUUAGGAGUAAUGGAGGACUCAACCAAAUGCGUACUGGAAUCUGUGAUAUGGUUGCAGUGGCCCGUUUGGUGAAUGCAACACUUGUUAUUCCUCAAUUAGAUAAGCGAUCCUUUUGGCAAGAUACCAGUACAUUUAAGGACAUCUUCAAUGAGCCUCGUUUUAUUAAAGCUCUGGAAGGGGAUGUCAGCAUUGUGAAUGACUUGCCUCAAAGCCUGCAGUCUGUUCCAAGAGCUCGGAAGCACUUUACUUCAUGGUCUGGUGCUAGUUAUUAUGAGGAGGUGAAACAACUUUGGAAGGAUCACAAGGUAGUUCACAUCCCGAAAUCAGAUUCACGACUUGCUAACAAUGGUCUUCCGAUUGAUAUCCAGAGAUUAAGAUGCCGCUGUCUUUACCAAGCACUGCGUUUUUCAGAUCCAAUUGAGAACCUUGGAAAGAAGCUUUUGGAGCGUCUAAGAUCACGUGGAAAAUUUAUUGCUCUUCAUCUCCGAUAUGAAAAAGAUAUGCUAGCAUUCACGGGAUGCACUUAUGGUCUGAGUGAAUCGGAAGCAGAUGAGUUAAGAAUUAUGAGGGAGAAAACAAGCCACUGGAAAUUGAAGGACAUAAACUCAACUGAACAGAGAUCUGGAGGUAACUGUCCACUAACGCCUGAGGAGGUGGGGAUUUUUCUGCGAGCCAUGGGAUAUCCUGAAUCCACAUGGAUCUACCUUGCAGCUGGUGAAAUUUAUGGCGGUGAUAAGUAUAUAUCAAAAUUGAGAUCAUACUUCCCGAACUUGGUUAGCAAGGAAGUGUUAGCAACAAAAGAAGAGCUUGGUAAAUUUAACGACCAUGCUUCUCAAGUUGCAGCCCUUGAUUACAUAGUUUCAGUUGAAAGUGACGUGUUUAUUCCAUCACAUUCUGGCAAUAUGGCAAGAGCUGUUGAGGGACAUCGUCGAUUUCUAGGUCAUCGUAAGACUGUCACUCCUGACAGGAGAGGAUUGGUGGAACUCUUUGAUUUACUACAAAAAGGGGAACUUAUGGAAGGUCCAAAGUUUUCCUCACUUGUUACUGAGAUGCAUAAAAACAGGCAAGGAGCUCCAAGGAAGAGAUAUGGCUCCUUGCCAGGGAGCAAGGGCAGAGCACGUCUAAGGACCGAGGAAUCCUUUUAUGAAAACCCAUUUCCCGAGUGCAUCUGCCUGAAUGGAAAGCACUGAUGUGAUGAUCUCUGCAUGGCGACCUAAGUCCAUUUGCUCUCUGUAUUGGUGUUUCUGUCGACGAAUGGAGCUCCAGUGACGCAUCAGAAUUACACUGGUACUCGACUCAGUCAUGCAAGUCAGGCAAGGGUAUCAUUCUUUCAGUGAUCUACAUCCAAGAAUCCUGUAGCCUGCAGGUCCAGAAUUCAAGAUGGGAAAAUUGGCAGGUAGAGGGAAGAAAUUGUACAUUCAUCGGUUUGUCACAUAGUCACAGAGACAGAAAUUGCAAAGGAUGUGUGAUAUGUGUGUCUGAAUUUUUAGGUUCCUUAGAUCUAGAAAAUUUUGUAUCUAGUAUUAGGCAUUUAGGCCUCAAAAAGGGAAGUUUACGUACAAUGUUCAAAAGCUUCAGCUUUAACAACUCAUAUUCAAAAGUUAUGUUUUCUUACUCA